AAAUUAAUUGUCAAGUGAAAAUAACGAGGAGGGGAAAAAAAACUUCACGGUCACCAUAAGAUGCCUACUCUCCUAUACGCUACGUUUUCAUAGCCAGCCGGUGGUUGCCAGGGGGACCAUCGGCGGCUUCUUCACGGAUUCGAGCUUGUACUACACUGACGACCUCGCCAGGAGUCGGACGUCUUCCCUGAUUGGCCUUGGUCCUCUCACCAUAUACCGUCACUUACUCACACCAUUCAGCCACUCAGAACCGCGCUCUGAUGGGAAGUUGUUUCCGGGUUGACGAUUGGCUGAUGUAUUGCGAAGGGCAGUUCUGCCAAGAUGCCCGGAUCUGUACCUGCGAGCGGUGAGGCCACCUGGCCGAAGGAUGUUGGCAUCAUCGCCCUGGAGGUCUACUUCCCGGCGCAGUACAUCGAUCAGGAGGAGCUGGAGCAGUAUGACGGCGUGGCGGCAGGGAAGUACACGGUCGGCCUGGGUCAGGCCCGCAUGGGCUUCUGCUCAGACCGGGAGGACAUCAACUCACUGUGUCUGACGGUGGUGCAGCAGCUGAUGGAGAAGAACUGCCUGUCCUACAACAGCAUCGGCCGCCUGGAGGUCGGCACGGAGACCAUCAUCGAUAAGUCCAAGUCGGUGAAGACUGUCCUCAUGCAGCUGUUCGAGGAGUCGGGCAACACGGACGUGGAAGGCGUGGACAACACCAACGCCUGCUACGGUGGCACGGCGGCGCUUUUCAAUGCCGUCAACUGGGUGGAAUCCAGCUCCUGGGAUGGUCGCUAUGCCCUGGUGGUGGCGGGAGACAUCGCCGUGUACGCCACAGGAUCCGCCAGGCCCACGGGCGGCGCGGGGGCAGUGGCUAUGCUAGUGGGCCCCAACGCUCCUCUGGCCUUUGACAGAGGCCUGCGCGGGACACAUAUGCAGCACGCCUACGACUUCUACAAGCCGGACAUGGUGUCAGAGUACCCUGUGGUGGAUGGCAAACUGUCCAUCCAAUGCUACCUGAGCGCGCUGGACAGGUGCUACACUGUGUACCGCAACAAGAUCCACGCUCAGUGGCAGAAAGAGGGCAUCGAUCGGCGUUUUGAUCUGGAAGACUUCGGCUACAUGAUCUUCCACUCCCCGUACUGCAAGCUGGUCCAGAAGUCACUGGCCCGCCUGGUGCUGAAUGACUUCCUCAGCGACCCCAGCCCCAACACAGAAAGUGGCAUCUUCAGUGGCCUGGAGGCUUUCAGGGAAGUGAAGCCAGAGGAGACCUACUUCGAUCGGGAUGUGGAGAAGGCCUUCAUGAAGGCCAGCGCGGACAUGUUUGACCGCAAGACCAAGGCCUCGCUCCUCAUUUCCAACCAGAACGGCAACAUGUACACGCCGUCUGUCUAUGGCUGCCUGGCGUCUGUGGUGGCACAACACACGCCCCAGCAGCUGUCCGGUCAGCGCGUCGGCGUCUUCUCCUACGGCUCUGGCUUUGCCGCCACGCUUUACUCUAUCCGGGUGACUCAGGACGCCACACCCGGAUCUGCCCUGGACAAGCUGGUGGCCAGUUUGUCAGACCUACGGGCCAGACUGGACUCCCGCAAGAAAGUGUCGCCGGGCGUGUUUGCCGACAUCAUGAAGCUGAGGGAGGAGACUCACCAUCUGGCAAACUACACCCCCAAAGGCACCAUGAAUGACCUGUUUCCCGGCACUUGGUACCUGACCCACGUUGACGAGAAACACCGCAGGCAGUAUGCUAGACGGUCCUUGGAUGAGUACGGGCCCUUGGAAGCCGGGCUGGUCAGCACCACAGCAGAGCACAUCCACAGUCCAGCUAAGAAGAUGCCUCGGAUACCUGGCAACAGCACCAGCCCUGAAAUGGUCACCGUUAGCAACGGAGAGCACUGAAUUUACCUCUGUGAGGUACAGAGUUUCAUGGUGGAAGUGGAACAAAGGAAAGUGCCCUCAUGCAUUCUGAUCUGUGGUUCAGUGUAUUUAUCACUGAACACUGAGAACCACAAGACUUCCCGGGCCCACAACCCCACCCUCACUGGUACUUGAUGUGUCCCAGGAUCAUUUCAUUACAUGGAACACGGGACAUACUUACAAUGCACAACUAUAUCAGACUACAAUCCCCAGCACGCACCCUGCUGUGAACCUGCAGGGGUCUCUAGAGACGGCUCCAUGCCCUGCUUCAACAUUGUUUGUAUGUUUUUCAAACGCCGUCAUUUGUUGUUAAUCACCUUCAAGCAAACUGACCAAUGACCUCUUGUGGCCGAAUGUGGUAAGUGCACCUGACAAUACGCACAUAGGACUGUUGCUCGACUCUGAGCCACCAACAGGAAACGAAAGCUUAAGCAAUAUAGCUGUGGAAGCCUCCCCCUUUCCUUAUAAGGCAGUAAAAUCAUAUUCUGGACAUUCUAUGCUACAUUCAGGGCAUGGUGUCAAAAUUUCACUUGUGACUGUAUAGUAGCGGAAUGUUACCUCCUUGCUGGGUGGUUAGUGCAGGGAAAAGUGAAAGCAUUGAAUAGAAAUGUUAUAUUUACUGGGAUUCUGUAUUUGUAGCAUUCUUGCCAUGAUAUAUACAACACGCGCACACACACACACACUUCCUCCCUUUGGGAUUUUAUUUUUGGGAUGGGCUUAUAGGUAUCUGUACUCAGCAUAUGGGGAUAAAAUCUAUUUGUAAAUGGUGAGCUCAGCUGUCGAGGAAAAAAUGGUAAAUAGUGAGUUGUAAAACUAAAAUGCAAAACCUUCAUCUCUAUGUUCAAAAUCGAAAGCAUGGUAAUGGUUAAUGUGUCACCUCCCCCCCCACCACCACCAUUCGUGCAUCAAUCUAGAUUUGAGCUUUGAUUUGUUUUGGGGUCGAGAUUUUUUCCAAGUCUCGACAGGCCACCUUAACGUGUAAGAGAGCGGCUGGUUCUCUGGAAAGGUGUAGGUGUGGUUUUGCCAGAAGGGGCUACCUGCAGUACCCAUGUCCCAUUUACGGUGGCUGGCUGUGAGUGGGCUGCUGCUUUCCCCGUCAUGGUCCCUUACCAUCAUUUGUGCCAAACCAUUACGCCGGAUGUGGAAGAGGGGUGGGGGCAGAUGGUGUUACAGUCAUUCAAGUCCAGGUCCAGGUCGGGAUACCACUUGACUGCACCCUCUCCAUGGAUGUGCAGUUCGCACGAGAUUUUGGUCAAGUCGAGUGAUGGAUUAGGUGGCCUGUGUGUCUCUCAGCCUCUAGCCUUAAGUUCUAAGGGCUUCACAGCAGACUGUUCUGUAUAACUGGGGAUGCAUCAGUGACAGAAGUGAUGCAUUUUCAUUAGUUCCCCCUCGUAAGUAUGAUGGUUGGCUGUCCAUCGGUUAGCUACCUGGAGUGCCGUGGUGAAGGCGCCCACAAGGUAGUUUCCCGGACGUUGCCAAUUCUUUCAUGCUGUAAGAAGUUGGGGGAGGUUUAGCAGAAAGCACAUCUGUCACUAGGGGGCAGUGCUGGACUCACGUUUUUUAAUUUUUUUUUUUUUAAAUCGAUAGCCAUUUAUUUUAACCUUCCCAUCCCCCAAAUGCUGACCAAGGGACUCGGAACUAUAACUGCUAUGAACAACAGGGCAGAUCAAUUGCCUGAGAUGGGCAAUAGGCAUGCCGCUGAACUUUCAAAAAGCCUUACUGCAAGCAUGUACUAAAGGUAUUAAAAUAUAUAUAUAUAUAUUUAUAUAUAUAUAUAUAUAUAUACAUAUAUAAAAAUAUAUAUAUAAAAUAUGUAUGUAUAGUGUUGAUGUACAGAUUUUUAAUUUUGUAGCUAAGCAGAUUUACCUCCUAAGGUUAUAUCUUGAAAAGGCUUAUGUUUACAAAUAGAUUCUCUCAAGUCAGAUCAAUUUUGGCAAGUCAUGUACAGUACUGACAGUAAAACUAUUUAUAUAUGUAGAGUACAUUGGUAUCUGAUUUCAUUUUUUCCCCAAAGAAUUCUAGGGGGAAAAAAGCAAAUGCAUAAAAUAUGAACUGAAAAAUAAACAUGUUCCUUUAAA